UCUGAGUGAAGAAGACCUUUGCUCCAGGAAGAGCAUGGCGUGCGAUCCUCGAAGCGUGUGCAGGUUCGACUCCUUGCGCUGCGGGGGGGGUGUGUGUGUGUGCUUCUGUAGCCGAGCAAACAGCGACACGCCGACGGGUUGAGAAAACAACGACAAUGGACGUCAACCCGGCUCGGAGGGAGGCGGCUCGACCGCCGAGGAGGUUGUCGACCGCCGCGGAUGUCGGAGGCGCAAACGUCAUCCCGCAAGAUGGCGAGGUGACCGAGGUGCACGCAGUCGUCCCGGACCGACCGGGCAAGAGGACGAUGGAGGAGCGGAGGGACUCUGCUUCGCUCUACCGGAGAUACAUGCCCAUGGAGCCGCUCAAGUUCCCCAUCCCGAGGAAGCCCAGGGAGAAGAGAGCCCUGUUCCAGUACGUCUCCAUCGAGUCCAGGGAGUACGAAGACAUGAUGACCGUCCUGAACUCCAGCUACAUCGACACCGGCUCGGCGGGCUGCUUCACCUACUGCAAACCUCGGCUCGUCCACAGCGAACUGCUGGAGAAAGAGUUUGUGGAGAAGAGGAAGGAGAUGAAGGCAGAUGGGAGGACAGACAAGGAGCUGGAGGAGAGCUACUGUUUCCUGUUGACUGAUGCUGACAAGCUGCCCUUGCUCUGUGAGAAGGGGCUGCUGGUGGGUCAGAGCCGGAACACAGUGCUGGGAAACCCUGUUAAAGGAGUGUAUCUGUCCAGGUACUCUGACCUGAUUCAGACCAGUCCCAUAACGCCUGGCGUCUCGGGGGAGAUCGUCAUCUUCAAAGUGAUGAAGGGGAAAGUGAAGAGCAUCUAUGAAAACAUGAAGAACCUUCUGGAUCCAACGCCUCGCUUCGACAGCCACACCUCCAAGAACGCCAGCAAAGUCUCAGCGCUCACUUCCUACCGAGCCUUUGAACUCACACAGCAAUAUUUCUACGAGUACUUGUUCGACGAGCUGCGGCAGCGGCCUCGCCAGGUGUGCCCGUACGCCGUCGUCUCAUUCCAGUUUAAAGGGAAAGAUUCUCCACUUCCCAGCAAACCUCUGGCUCCCAUCAGGUCCAACAGCCAGUCAUCGGAGGGGAGUAAAGAGCGUGCUCAGUUCACAGUGUGGACCGGAGAUUUGGUGAAAGGUGACCAGGUUCUCUUCCAGAUCUCCCUUCGCUCCUUCUCUCCUCCCCUCCUGCCCCACAGACUACCGGAGAAGUUGGAAAUCGGCUGGUUGAUGAGGCUCGACCAGGUGACCACGCUCCUGCCCUCCGACCUCCUCUGCUAUGACCUGUACAGCAGCAGCCACGAAGUUGUGAAGAGCGGCCAUUGUUGCAGCCUUCUGGAGGUGACUGACAAAAGUCGGUCUGCGACCAGCGUGACGAGCCUCCUCCAGGAGCUGGAGAUGAAGAGAGUGGUUCUGGUGACUCCGCUGUCAGACCGAGGCUUUCUCCUCCUGAUGUCCAGUGUUCAGAUGGCCACGCCCUCCGAGAGAGGAGAGAGCUGGAAGAGAUGCCUUCAGGCCUUGUUCGUCUUCCCACAGUCCAGAGAUCUGGCCAAAUCCACGUUGCGGUGCGCCUCCUCGACCCGUGACUCCUCCUCGACCCGUGACUCCUCCUCGACCCGUGACUCCUCCUCGACCCGCGGCGCCUCCUCGACCCGUGGCGCCUCCUCGGUGAUGCCGCGGCUGAGCCAGUUCAUCCCGGCGCUGCACCACGCUCUGGUCAAGGCCCGCGCCAACCCGCCUCCCGAGCUGUCUGCCGGCGUGGAGCACCAGGCGCGGGAAUACCUCAUCGGCCUGAACGAAGGCACGGUCCGGCAGUACCCGAUGGGCGAGUACGAAUCCAAACUGGAUGAGCCGGGGAAGCUGUUCCCGACCCCCAAACACCACCGGGUGAACAUGGACGGCUACCUGCGCUCCUGCCUGUACAGCCCGGCCCUCUACCUGCUGUCAGUGGCCCGGGCCCGGCAGAUGGUGGAGGCCAACUGCCCCGAGGAGCCGCAGGACGCCAACCUCGGGAAGAGGUGUGGCGCCCAGAGGGAGGCGUCCAGCACCGCCAGAGACGAACCGAGCAAACGGGAAAAUAUGCAGCAGCUGAUAGACCUGGUGAUGAGCUGUAAGAGGAACGCAGAGAACGAGGUGAGGAGGGAGGAAGGAGGAGGGGUGAAGGCGCCGGGGAGGAAAAGGAAACUGGAGCAGGUGACGGCAGAGAGGACGCUGAAGUUCCUGAAGGCAUCACGGGAACCCAGAAGACACGGCAAGAUUCCCGUUGAGGGGAUCCAGGUCCCGUCCUCUCCUGGCUCUCUUGCGUCUCUGAUUGGCUCGGUGGGUUUGAAGGACGUCGAGCUGAGGGAAGAUGGAUCUGAGCUAGCCGCUAAGCUUCUCAGCCUGCUAACAGACCUCAGCCAGGCGGCAAGAGGGACGACCAAUCGGAGCCUCUGUGAAGUGCGAGAGGAGAGGCCGAGGGAAUCCUCUCCGUUCGAUAGGUUGGCCACCAGGCUGGGUCUGCCCACCAACUGUGACAUCGACCUGAGGAAGCAGGAGGAGCUGGAGGAGCAGACGGCGGGCAGCGUCAGUAGCUUGGAGGGAUUCAGUCCCGGCUCCCACAGCGGGGAGAUGAAUCACCACGGAGCGGCAGGUAGAGGAGGAGGAGGAGGAGGAGGAGGACUCGAAAGGAGAGCAGGAGGAUAUGAAAGGGAAGAGGGAGACAUCCAGUGGGAGAUCCCGUGGAUCCUCAUCCCUAUUACAGGUCUAUCUGCCUGCCUGCACACUCAGGAUGAACAUCAAAUAGGUGUGUGUUCCCAGAGGUACACCCAGAGAGACAGAAACAUCCCUCAGGACCCUCGCUUCCAGCACCUCGCCAUGGCACCGAGCAGCGCCACGGCAGCCAAACCCCCCAGGAUGAGCCCCGCCCCGUCUCCUCCUUGCUCCCCGCUCCCGUGCCCCUCCCAAUGCCCUUCGCCCGACCCCAGCCCUCCCCCGUCACCCUCCCAAUGCCCGUCGCCGGAGCCCAGUCCGCCCCCUUCCCCGUCUCAAUGCCCGUCCCCGGAGCCCAGCCCCGCCCCCUCUCCCUCCCACUGCCCGUCUCCGCUGCCCGCCCCGCCCCGUUUUCCUCCCCUGUGCCCGGUCGCGCCACUCGGCCGCCCCCUCUUCCCCCCGGGGUGCCGGUCGGCGGAGCCUAAUGAGCUCACCUCGUUCGACAAGCGCCACAGUGGUGCUCACGAGGAGCAGGUAGCCCCCACAGUUUCUCUACUCAGGGUGAAUCUGCGUAUUCCGCCGAAAGACAUGGAAGAGAAACCUCAGGGGAAAGAAAAGAAGAACGAAACACCAUUUGCUUGUGCAUCCGUCCAGCCGUCUGUCCCUCCGGCUCCAGAGAGGAGGUUGAGCCCCUCACCGCCACCACCGCCCACUGAGGGAGAGAAGGAAGAUGCAGCGACGGAAACGGGGGAGUUGAGGGAGGUACAGGCAGACAUUUUGGUGCAGGAAACAGAAACUCAGCCAGUUCAGAGAGUGCAAAACCGAGGGGAGGAGGAGGAGGAGGAGGAGGAGGAGAAAGUGGAAAUGACGCAUGUGGUAGCUAGAGAUGGGCAGCAAAAGGCAGAAGAGAAGGAACCGGUAGGUGGUUCUUUGUUCUCUCCGUCUAUCUUCCUGCCUCCUUCUCGCCUCGACAACGUUGUGGACAAACACCUGAGCAACUUCUCCUCGGAGAUGCAGCUCCUCCUGCAGGAGCAGAGCGUCCACUACAACUUCCCGCAGUCCCCGCACUCCACCUCCAACAAGGAAACGUCUCCACAGGCAAUCCCUCGCACUCCAAUGUCUCAGUUUUCCCAGUACGUCACUUUCUACAACCCCUGCCCCCCGGUCCAGGACUACGUCAGCUCUCUGCAGUACGGCAUCGACAGCAUGCUGACGGAGUUCGACGACAGCUGGCCGAGCCACAAGCCCGGCGCCGGUCGGGCCGACGUGGAUUCCGCGCUGGCGAGCAGCGUCAGCGAUUUUGUGUCCAGCAUCAGAGCGGGUAAUGUGGAACCAUGCAGGGGGGACGACGGGCUCUGUGGCGAACAGGCGGCUGCUGGUGUAGGGCGGCAGCCGCAUGCAAUCACCAAACAGGUUCCUGAUGCUACGAACACCGCGUGUUCGUCUGUCUCUACCUCCAAGUCGGGUUCUGUCUACAAACCCACCAACACUUCCGUCCUCGUACCUCCUCUGAACAAGUCCCCACAGCAAAGUCACGCUUCAGAGACCAGCAGAGCUGUCACUCGUAACAACAAGACACAAGACGGCAGCUCAUCCAGGACUGUGCGCGGUACCGCUGGUGUGGACGGUGGGAGUGGCCUCGCGGGCACACACAGUAAGGAGACACUUCCGAGGUUCACCGGAGUCUCUACGCCCUCCACAGAACCGUCCCACCACCGUGAGCGGGUCUCCAGUUCGGCCUCUGAGUCCGUCCCCGUGUCCGCCGCCGCCGCGUGCCCCGCCCCUCCGGGCGCCGCCCUGAGCUCCCUGAUCAGCCAGCUGCAUCCAGAAGUGUUCAACAACCUGGUGGAGAUUUUCAAAGACGUCAAGAGGAGCUCCACGCAGUUCUACUUCCACGGCAACGAGGCAGGGGACCAGGUCCACAAAGACGUCAAGGAAUACCUGUUGAAGCAGGGCAACACGGAGCAGAGUCCCGGGGUCUUCCUGAACCAAGACAACUCUGCAGACAGGCUGCUGGUCAUCAUUAAGAACAAAGACAUAGCUGGACACAUUCACAAGAUCCCAAGUCUGGUGUCUCUGAAGCAGCAUGCUUCUGUGGCGUUUGUGGGAGUCGAUACUCUGGACGACAUCAGGAACAACAGCUGCAACAAGCUUUUUGUCUCUGGCGGCUGCAUCGUUUCGGACGACUUCGUCCUCAAACCAGACUCCAUCACUUGCGAUCGACUGGCUUCACUGCUGAGGCUCCUGGAGCAGCACAGCUCUCUAGAAAGCGUCUGGAGGUGGAAGGUUCACUGGCAAACCCACAAGAAAUUAAAAGAGAACGCCAGGUUCAGUAGAGAUGCAGUCAACCUACUGGACGUACUCACGGCCUAUCAGAAGCGGCACAUUGUUGAGUUCCUCCCGUAUCAUCACUGCGACACGAUGGACAAUCAAUCCCCUCCCCUGGACUGUCUGCUGGAGCUCCAGGCCCUAUACACACAGUACCGACACACAGUCUUCCUGACAGAACAUAAUUUUGAGAUGUACCCUGCCUACUCCAGAAGUGGCAUCAUGGUGGCCAGUGUUGACAAACUUCUGCACAACUUCAGCAGACUAGUCGGUUACCAUGACAUCAGGCACAGGCAGCCAAUCAUAGACGACAUGCUGUCUCCCAAAGAACACAUUCGCCCCCUCUCCUCCUGCGACCAAUCCCAGCCUUUUCUCCUGCAGGCCGGCUCCGCCCUCCCCACUCUCCCUUAUCCGUCCGACCAGCUGGUCCCGGACGCCUCUUAUAAGGAAGUCGUGACGCACCAUUCGGACACAGACUUUGAGGUCCUCCGACUCGCCAUCUCACAGCUGCGGGCCGAGCGCCAGGCGCAGCAGCAUCAGCAGUUGAACUCUCAGGCGGAGUUGUACAUCAACUCCCUGACGAACCGCUCCCCCGCCGCCGGCCGUACCGGUAGCGGUCACAACGAACCUGGCGGUUCCACCGAGUCGGUGAAGGUCACUCACGACCGGAAAGCAGUGGCGGUCACUCUGGAGAUGAUUCACUCGGCAUUGCAGGUGGAGGAGGAGGGGCGGCAGUACGGAGCGGAGACGGUGGGACAAAAACGCGGGGGAAGUCAAGAAGGUGGAGAAGAGGCUGGAGACCCCAGAGAUGGUACUUCAUUAAGACUGGGAAGGAAUGGGGAUCCCGGUAAUGGUAAGACGUCUACUUCCUCGUCCAAUCAGAGCAAUGCUUCAGUGACAGGACCGGCCACACAGACGGGCUCGACAAGUGACGGGAGAGAGAAAGCAAAUCAACAGGGAGAACCUGUAUUUCCCAAAGCAGCUCAACACGCAGCAGCCUCCUACAGUACCACAGAGUGUCCUGUAGAGGGCCACAGAUUGAGAGACACUCUGUCGGGUCAAGAGCAGCCCAUAAGAGGAGAGGGAGCUCCACCUGGCAACAGCACUGCCAGUGGCACCAAGAUCCAGUACCACCGGCAACAUCUGCAGCAAGGGGACAACCAGCAGUACCAGCCGAGUCCGUCACAACUACAACAUCUGCCUCUCGGCCAGCAGCAGCAGCGGAGCACCGGACUCCUAGGACCCCCCCACCUGCCUCGAUUCCCCAACCAGCCUUUCUCCCGCGGUGCCACGCCGGGGCCCCUGACUGCCCUCGGAGGUAGCCUUCUGGGGCCCGUGCCUGUUUGGCCAGGGGUCCCGGGCCCCGCAAGUGCUGCAGCGCUGUUCUCUGGCUUCCAACAGGCCAACAGGGACUUCACUGGUCCCAGCCUGCUGGGCGGUUACCACAACCCUGCAGGUCGGGGCAGCAGCAGGUACCGAGGGGGGAAAGACGGAGGAGGCUUUAAUGGGAUGUAGAGACAGUUUAACUGCACCCGCUGAUUAAACCAAGGAACGUUCCCCAAAAGUACCAAACAAGCACAUCCUGAACACUAACCGGUGCUAGACUGAAGGAAGGAGGAGCGACGCCACACUGUUCAUAACAUCAGGGUGAAGCCUGACCCUGGUCCAGAACGGUUGGAGCCCAAUCCACGGUCUCCUAGACUCCAGAAGUCACUUGGGUUCAUAACAUUGAUCCAGAAAGAAGAUUAUUUGUUUUUUGGAGGGGCGGUGUUUUGCAUUUCUUUCUUUGGCCUUUUCGACCUUCAUCCGACAGGACGGUGCAGAAAUGGAGGCUGGAGAGCGGAGGGAAUGCGACUCGGGUCGCACGGUUGGAAUUGAACCCGGGACGCUGAAACCACUUUGUUUAAAGUUGGAGAACAAUCUUUUUAUUUAUUUAUUUUAAGAAGUUUUAAAGAAUUGAUGUCAGGUCAACGUAAAGUAACAAAAACAUGAUUUAUUUGACGGGUGUCUUCCAAUGAAGUCAAUACAAAACAUAUAAAGUGUAGCGUACACAAAAUUAUCACUUCUCCUGAGGAGAUGUUUCAUCAACAAUCUAAUAUCCGUUUACUAUCGUAUGUAACGUUUUUAAAGUUUACAGUUUUCUGUGGAUUGACAUAAAUUGAUUGGUGCUCAACUGUAAUCAUUUAGCAUUCGACACCAUCGAGAACAUUGAUCCGUUCAUAUUUGUAGUUGCUGUGUAUUGACUUUAAUGGAAGCCCUUUUUAAAGUCACAAAGGAGAUGUGAAUUUGUAUUUUCUUUAACCAAUUUUCUGAACUUUUUAGUUUGAGUAGAACCUGUUGUGUGGAAACACUCUUGUUUAACUACCUACUGUAACCACUUCCUGUUGCCAUGUUGGUGCUGAAGAAGCCAAAAAAAACAGUUGAGCCGAUGCCGUGUUUUCAGAGCCGACGUCGACGCCCUUUUUAAACUGAAUGCAUUGACUAUACGUUUAGAAGCCUCCGGAUGGAUCCCGUUUCCCAGCUCUCUUUUUGUUUGUUUUUUUAAACGCACCAUCGGCGUCACUGGACAGUUUUCUGUCGACGACUUUCUCGUCAAAAUUAAUUUCUCUCGAGGAACCUUUGAGCUGCUUAUUUGUUCUCGUUGCAUCGAGGGAGGGACCGAGAUGCACCCAGAUUUUUAAAGUGGACUCUUGAGACCAUUAAAGAACUUUAAUAAUCAUAAUAAAAACAUGUAUCGGAAUAACAUGGACAGACUGCCUUACACGUCUUCCAGUGGACUUGUAAAAAAAAUAUUAUAAAAGCAUUUUCUUUCUUUUUCUACUGAAUGUUUUGAUUCGUUACCCAGGGAGCUGUUUGUGUUUAGUUGCUGUUGUGUGUACAGUAGGAGGUGAAGGGUUUUUUUACACCAUUUUUUUCUAUUAAAUGUUGCCUGCGGAAACCAG